GAACGACUGUGUGCUACUGUAUAGCAUGCUUCACAUAUACUGCAACAGGUUUUAAACAAAUAGUGAAGAGCUGGAUUCCCUUGUUGACAAGUACAUUGUCAACUAUCCAUUUAUCUUUUAAUGUUUGCCAUAGCAUACAGAGAGUAGACACAAGGGUCACAUAGAAAGUGCAGCAUAUGUUUGCAUUGUUUAUGCCUCCUGAUUUGUGUCUGCAGCUAUGCUCCAGGUUAGCUUGGAUAUUAGCCUCCAGUUAUUGCACCAGAGAAGAAAUAUAUCAUUUAGAACAAAAAUAAUACCACAAUGCAUGUAACUGUGCUGCACAAGAUAUAUAUUUAAGAAUGGUGGCUAACAUGGGACAUGAACAAUCCAAAACCAUACAUGCACAUACAUGCACCAUAAAACAAAUGCAAUGGGAAAAUUAAAACUGUCGCAAUCACAUAACGCUGCAAGAAUGCUAAACAAACGCUAAAAACACACAGAAAUACCAAAACAACUGCAUGAGAGACAUGCUGCAAGUUCACAGAACAAAACAGAAGUUAGCCAGGCUAUCGGGGAAGCCAGACCCGGGGGAUGUCUGUCUUUUAAGAGCUGGAUGCCCAGAAGGAACUUGGCUGACUUUUGAAGAAACUGAAUGAAAAGGUCUCCUUGUGGGAACUCUGGACACGGUGCUGGACUCCACAUCCAAAGUGGCUCCUUUCCGCAUACUGCACCACACACCGGACUCACAAGUGUACUGGUCCAUAGCAUGCGGCGUCACCAAGGAGGAGAUUGUCCAGCACUGGGACUGGCUGCAGCAGAACAUCAUGCGGACGCUCUCUGUUUUCGACUCCAGCGAGGACAUCACCAGCUUUGUACAGGGCAAGAUCAGAGGUCUGAUCGCUGAAGAAGGAAAGACCUCCCACGUGCUGGAGGAUGAUCCCGAGAAGUUCAGAGAGGCGUACUUGAGGUUUCAAAAUUGGUUUGCGCUGCCAGCGGAGGAAAAGCUGGUGACAUAUUACUCGUGCAGCUACUGGAAAGGCAAAGUGCCCUGCCAGGGCUGGCUGUACCUCAGCACCAACUUCCUCUGCUUCUAUUCCUACCUGCUAGGAGCUGAGGUGAAACUGGUCAUCUCCUGGGACGAAAUGUGGAGGUUGGAGAAAACAUCGAAUGUGAUCCUGACUGAGAGCAUCCAUGUGGUGGCUCAUGGGGAGGAUCACUACUUCUCCAUGCUGCUGCACCUUAAUGAAACGUUCGUCAUCAUGGAGCAGCUAGCUGACUAUUCCAUCAAGCGCCUGUUUGACAAAGAGGCCUUUGAGAAAGAGAUUGCACUCUCUGACCCCCUGCAAAUUACCAAGAGAGGCCUAGAAGCUCACGCAAAGAGUGAGCAGUUCCGGAUAUUUUUCAGGCUUCCCAGAGAGGAAAAUCUGUUAGAAGUCCAUGAGAGUUUCCUGUGGGUGCCUUUCAGCCAUUUUAAUACACUUGGCAAGAUCUGUCUGUCUGAGAACUACUUAUGUUUUGCCAGCCAGGACGGUAGCCAAUGUCACAUCAUCAUUCCAAUGCGGGAGGUCGUAAAUGUGGAGAAGCCUGAUUCUAGCAGCCGCGCUUUAACGGUGUGUGUGCGGGGGAAGAGAGCGCUGCGUUUUACCGAGGUUCGGGACUACCAGCGUCUGGCAACCACGCUUCGCAGCAGGUGUGGGAUCGCCGCCAGCCCUCAGCACUCCGCUUCAGCUGAGGUCAUACGAGGCGAGUGUCAGUCGCUCAUCAACCAUUUUGAAGAUAACCCAGACGAUGUGACGCUCAUGGUGGGCCAGAAAGACAGCAGCAAGGCAGUCAGCACUGAGGCUCUCAUGACUGUUUUCCACCCUCAGGAUGUUGAAAACCUUGACCCCAAAAUGCUCAAAGAAAAAAUGAAGGAGCAGUCUUGGAACAUCCAUUUUUCGGAAUACGGACGGGGUACAAGUAUGUUUUUCACCAGGAAGACACGCGACUUGAUCGUCCGUGGUGUCCCAGAAGCCCUGAGAGGAGAACUGUGGAUGCUUUUUUCAGGAGCUGUAAACGACAUGGCCACUCAUCCCGGCUAUUACACAGAGCUGGUGGAACAGUCACUGGGCACAAGCACGCUGGCGACAGAUGAGAUCGAGAGAGACCUUCAUCGGUCUCUACCUGAGCAUCCUGCCUUUCAGAGUGAUACUGGAAUAUCCGCUCUCCGUAGAGUCCUCACCGCUUAUGCCUACAGAAACCCUAAAAUUGGCUACUGCCAGGCCAUGAACAUUCUCACGUCUGUGUUGCUGCUCUAUGCCAAAGAGGAGGAGGCUUUCUGGCUUUUAGUGGCUGUCUGUGAAAGGAUGCUGCCAGAUUAUUUCAACCGGCGAAUUAUAGGUGCUUUGGUCGACCAGGCUGUUUUCGAGGAUCUGAUUCGAGAGAACCUCCCCCAGCUGGUGGAGAACAUGACAGACCUGAGUUUCUUCUCGUCCGUGUCCUUGUCUUGGUUUCUCACGCUCUUCAUCAGCGUACUGCCCAUCGAAAGCGCAGUGAACGUGGUGGACUGCUUUUUCUACGACGGCAUCAAAGCCAUUUUGCAGCUCGGCCUGGCUGUGCUCAACUACAAUAUGGAGGCUCUGAUCAGCUGCCACGAUGAUGCCGAGGCGGUCACCAUCCUCAACAAAUUUUUUGAUAGUGUCACAAACAAAGACAGCCCGUUGCCACCAACAGUGCAGCAAGCCCCCGUGACUAACAACGAUAAAUCCCACUUCAAAGUAGACAUCAGUGAACUGAUCCGAGAAGCCUAUGAGAAAUAUGGCAGCAUUCGCUCGGAGGACGUUGAAAGUUCACGAAAGAAGAACAAGCUGUUUGUGAUCCAGACACUGGAGGACACCACUAAGCAAAACGUUAUUCGUGUGGUAUCCCAAGAAGUCAAAUUUACUCCAGCCCAGCUUGAUGAACUGUACAAUUUAUUCAAAAGGCAGCAUUUUCUCAGCUGCUACUGGACCAUGAAAAGCCCCGCACUGCACCAUCACGACCCGAGCCUGGCGUACUUAGAGCAGUACCAGCUGGGCUUUCAGCAGUUCACGGUGCUCUUCUCCCUGCUGGAGCCUUGGGCUUUUUGCACCAACAAAAGCACCCUUUCUCUUUGGGUUUUCCGCCUUAUCGACGAGAACCAGGAUGGUUUAGUCAACUUCAAGGAGUUCUGUUGUGCCCUGGAUACUUUGUACUGUGGGUCUUUCACAAAUAAGCUUAAAUUCCUCUUCAAGCUGCAUCUGCCACCAGCUUUCACAGGUGGCCCUUUGCACGUACAGGAACCAAGACUCCCCAACUUUUUCCCAGCUGCCGAAGACUCUCCUCACUUGACUAGACUUCCUGAAUAUGAACUUCCAGAAGAUGGUGUGAUUAAGAAAAGUCCAGAGAGAGGUAGAGGAAAAGUGGAUCUGCAGGCCUACCUGAAACAAUGGCAGAAUGAAAUACUUAGGAAAGAGGAAGCCAUCAAGGACCUCCCUAGAAUUAAUCAGGCCCAGUUCAUUCAGUUCUCGAAGGCCUUGUACAACAUCUUCCAUGGCGACCCAGAGGAGGAGUCCUUGUACCGUGCCGUGGCCCACGUCACCAGCCUCCUUCUGAGGAUGGAGGAGGUGGGCCGGAGGCUGCAGGAGCCCAGCAGCCCGGCCUCGUCCACAAAGUCCACUCCCGUGGCUACGGAGGACGAAUCUCCUCCUACCACCGAAAGCUCGGCCACCUCCAGCCCCCAGGAGGCGGGUCACGAGCUCGCCGAGAUGGAGUGGUCGUUUUCGUUCGAGCAGGUCCUGGCGUCGCUGCUCAACGAGCCGGCGAUCGUCAGCUUCUUUGACAGACAUGUUGACAUUCAGAAUAAACUGACGCAAGCCCAGGCGGCCCAGCUGAAGCUAACAGGAAAUAACAAGUGAAUGGACGCAUGAGGGAAUCAUCGGUAGAAGUUCAAGAGCAGGUUUUUAAAUGGCUGACUGUUGAGGAGACAUCAGAUUCGAAUCAGCGGAUGUAGGGCAAAAAGGGCUGACAUGCAGAUCCAAUUUUCAAGGUGCAUGCGCACAGGGAACACCUUUUCACCUUCACUCGCUUGUGCCACGGCGUCCUCAUCUGUCUAUCAACAGUAUUCUCCACUCCCAUUGGUGGUCACUCACUGUGUUGAGUUUUAGCUCCAUGAUGCUGCAUUUCAACAGGGUCAGGCAAAAUGAUCUGACACAUUUGUAGGUUAAAUAAAAGGCAAAUAAAGUAAAGAAACAAAAAAGUUUUAUUUUCGAAAAAUAUACAUAUAAUGCCAUUCUGUUAUAUUACGUUUUAAAAAUGAAAUUAGUUCUGGCGGUGCGAGGUGGGCCGGUUGAUUUUGGUUUCAAUGCAUAUCCAGUAGCUCUGAAGUUGGUACCCCAUAACAAGAUGGUGUUUCCAGCUGGUACGGGAUCAUGUCUACCAAGAUUGAAGUGCAAACGUAAUGCUCGUUGUGUUGCAGUUACAGAUUGGUUUGUUUUGAUUAACGUUUCCACAAUGAAAGCGCGAUGCUCACCAGUCCAAUUCAUGGCAGCAACUGAAAAACAAAUGAAAAACAAUGGCAUUAUAUGUACUUUUCGAAAAUAAAAACACUUUUUUGUUUCUUUAUUUUAUUUGCCUUUUAUUUAACCUACAAAUGUGUCAGAUCAUUUUGCCUGACCUUGUACAUUGCAUGCACACCGGUGAGCUCUUAUAGUAUAUUGUGUAAGAAAAGUACUGUUUGCCAGUGAUACUUUGUGCAAAUACACCUAAUGUGUCUGGUAAAUUUGAUAAAGUAGUGCUUAAAAGAAUAGAAGACAUUUCUUUUAAACCCUGAAGCAUAUUGAGAUAGAGGGCAAGCUAAUAUGCAACAGCAGAAAAAACAAAAAUGACAAAUAUGUGAAAAAUUGUAUUUUAAUUUUUUUUAAAGGACAUAAUAUAGUGAAAGCAUUCAAUAUGUGAAUGAUGAAUUAUUCAUUCAUAUUUCGGCUGGUGAUGGAGUGAUGUUUUGCUGUGUUUACGCACAACCUUGCUCAUGCAGAAGAGAAAGUAGAUUUUAGAUCCCAAAGAGCUGGUAAGGGAAGUAUGGAUUUUUCAUCUAACUGUACAUCACUACUGUUUGCUUUACAGCAGUGGCGUGCCAUGCAUUAUGUUUCUGGGCUCUCGGUAGGGACAUAAUUAUCCAAACCACUUAUAACAUACAAAGACAUAAUAUACAAGGAGUGGCAUUACACAAAGGUACUAAUAACGUGACAAAAAUAUACAUAAUGCUAAGAAAAUACAGAGAUACUGAUUAUUUAGAGCCUAAAUCUUUCCAUGUGCUCUCAUCAACUGAAUCUGAAGGCCCUCGACCGAUUACAGAGACAUGCCAACACAUAAACAUUCACGUGCUGGAAUUAGUGCAGCAAAGAAACACGCCAGGAAAUGAAGAUGACAUUUCAUUCAUAGUAAAAUGAUGGAAUUCUACUAGAAUUGAAGUUGUAUAUGUAGGUCAGUGCUUCUGACGGCCCACCACUGCCAUACAGUAUCGAGCAUCCGCUGUACUGUAAAUGACCCAUGUGAUGUACUGUAUUUAGCGCAGUGUAUGCUGAUGCGUGUUAUGCUGUAAUCCUGCAUCUUUUCAGUUCUUAUUAUGCAGUGAGUCAGGCCAAGCCCUCAGAAGGAUGUUUCUUAAUUUGCAAAACCAUCUCACACACACAUCUGUCAGUAUCACCGGUACCAGUGCCACCAGUCCGGUGGCCCAUGUUGACUCUGCGAGUUAUUGAUUAUUAUCAGGCUGCAUGUCUCUAACGGCUAUUGAAGGAUAUUUUACUUUAAUCAAAUCUCAGGGUGUCAUUUGUGUACAUUUAAUGGCUGUUCUAUCCUGAGAUACAUAUAUAUGUAUAUAUAUAUAUAUAUAGUAUAUGACUGAGUUGAAGGUGGAUUCCAGAAAACUCAAUGUGGCGCAUGUGUAGCAGUUUCCACAUUGUCACGUUAGCCUUCAACAACAAGCAUAGGUUGCGUUGCUUACACUCGCUUUAUUUGCUGCUGCAGUUGCACACUUAUUAUUACACUUAUCAUUAUGCUAUGUUUAAAAGGUUCCGGACGCGUGACUCAUCCCUUGAGGCCAAAUAGAGACAUUUAAAAGAAUUAUUUCUUUUUUUGUGGGAAAAGACUGUUCUAGAAGCUUUUCGAGUGCUUUUUUGCAUUUAUUUGUUUUCUUAUAGCAUUCAUCAUCAGUGCCGCAAUUGCAAGUGAUACAAACCAGCAUCACCCAUUACAACGAAUGAUGGAUACAGUAUGUCGUAAAUGUUUGCGUGUAUACUGUAUAAAAUAUAUAUAAACAUCCCUUAAAGCCAUAGAAUUCAUUAUUGCAGUAGGACGGCUUCCCUGAAGAAUAGAUUUUAAAAAAUGAAGUCAUACAGAAAAUAUAUUUACUAUAUUGUGGAGAUUUAAAGCUAGAUAUUACACGUUUGUAAUUGUCCAUGACUGAAAUGCCUUGCUGUGUGAGGAUUUGAUGUUUUCAUUUCUUAUUAGCUGUGUCGCGCAUUUCACUACGGGAAAGGGAAACAUUUGAUUUAACUGGGCAUUGAUUUCCAGCUUUUGUAGGUUUUUUUUGGAGACCUGGAUGACCUAAUAUAAGUGCAGCAAUGAAAGUAUUGAUUCUGAUGGCUGCAGUAUUGUUUGAUUCAUCAAGUGAAAUUAUAGUAUGCUAUUGCUUAAUGUGUGACUUGCUUAUGCUCGAUGAUGUUUUUUUUUUUUCAUUGUUGUUCAAAAUAAAGCAGAAUAAAGAG